GCUCCCACUACCACAAAUUAUGACGUAGGCUCUGCCACUUGGGCAGACCUUAGGAAAGCACCCCUCCAAAGUGCAAUGGAAGUCACUUCCCUAGGCCAUAGACCUUCUUGAUCAUCCAUUGACCCCGCCCAGAAUCAUAACUGAAAACAAACAAUGGUGGCUUGAGAGGGGUUGGCUACUGCUUUGGCAUGUAGAACUCUCUUCAUAUAUGCUCUUGUGUCUUCUAUUGUUUUUAAUGGUACAAGAUUACACAGCAGGUGAUGUUGUUCUUUCAGUUUUUGGAUUGUACCUUUAAAAGCCAAAAAUGCUAUGAAAAAAGGUAGCAAACCUUCUUGCUGAACAUUGUAAUAUGUAAGUUUUUCUACAUUGAUUUUAGCAUCUAUGAAUCAGUCAAGCCAAACCAAAAUGAAGCAGCAACAAGUCCAAAUGAUAGCAUCAAUCUAUUUCACAGGCUUUUGUUUCCUGUGUAAGUUAAUUAGGAAUGAGUUAUUUCGCCAGCAGUUAGGUAUGAACUACAUGAAUUCAAUUGAUUCUCUUGUUAAAAUAACUGUUCCCUUGAACCGGGUGUUAUGUGGGAAUCAUGUGUCCAAUUUCUUAACUACAAUGUGAUGCAAGGUUCUUGAAUUGGACAGUGCAGGGUCCAUUUUGAUUUCAUGCAUAAAGCUGGUAUUUAUUCUUGGGAUUAUUUCUACCAUCUAGGAAGCUUACUACAAAGUUUACCCUAUUGAGGAAUUACAUUACAUUAAAAUACUGACAAAAUAUUGAAUUAGUCAGGUUCCGCAUUGAAGGAAAUGAUGCAGAUUUCAGUUAAUCACUUAAAUCUAUUUUGUUAGUCGUCAAACAUAACAACACACUGUGAAAGCAACAUUUGUUGAAGCUGAAGCCUUCGUGUUGAAUGAAAUGGAAGAAUCAAGAUUUGUGAAGGAAAGAAUGUUGAUAUGGUUUUGGAUGAGGAGAUUCAUGAGUUGACACUGAAACUUCAGAGAUUGCACAGGAGGUCGAAAGUCAAGGAUUUAGGGGCCAGGAAGAAAAGAAAUUUUGACAAGCAGGUUUCUGUUCUGCAGAGGCGACUGGAGCAGAUUGGAGGGUCAUCAGAUGAGAUUUGUUUGAGGGAGUUUCAAGAGAUGGAAAACAUAAGCUUGUCAAUUAAAAGAAGUAGCAUAGUUGAUGAUAACGUUGUUGCAAGUGGAAAACUAAAUGUGGAGAUUUUGAGGAGGAAAAUGGAGGGAUUGUCAAAGGGCAUAUUAUUACAGAGAAUGGAGGAAGAGUAUAAUUCACUGCUGUCCACUGCUAGUAGUUCUCUUGCUAGUUCUGGUUCAAAUUCCAAAAGACUUGAAUAUCAAGAUUCAUCUUCGGUACGAGUACCUCAUCAGAAUGGAUCAUCAAGGGCAUAGCCAGAACCCAUCUAUGGUAGUGGAGCUCAAUUAGCAUAUGGUUCUAACACCAGCUUCAGCAACAGCUCCAACAAUUUUGGUCAAACCAGUACCAAGAAAUUGAGAAGGUUACUGAUUUCAAGAACCACAGUCUUUCCCUGACAACUAAUAUAUUAUGUUUAUUGUUAAUAAAUUUAACA